GAUAAAUUAGUGGGGACUGACAAUUUAAGUAAAGCAAAAUAAUCUGAUAAUGACAACUGAGAAAAAGAAAAGUGUGUUGCCUUUUGAGGUUAUCAUUUCCUUGACCAUUAAUAAACAGGCUGGCAUCUGUUUCAUCCUUGCUCAUAGUCACAGCACACCUUUGCACACAACUCAAAAUAAUGAGGAAUGAGGGUAAAGGAAGGAAUCUCUUGGCUGCUCUCUGAAGCAAUUUGUUAGUUUUAGGUUAUAGUUCUUUUAAAUCUUCAGUCAAAUUCUACAAAACCUUAGUUGAGAAGAAAUGCAAAUCUCAGGUAGCAUUUGAAAAAUCUAUUUUUGGUCCAAUUAUGAUGUAGCAUUGACUUGUUCCAGAAUUUUUAACAUUACUGGGAAGAGACCAUUGGUGGUCAAAAUGACUCGUAGUUUACAAAGCAUGUGGGCAUUUUUUUUUUUUUAAUAAAGGAGACAAGGUAAUUUGAGCUGUUGUUUCAGGUAAAGUAGAAUCACGUGAUAAGUCAAUUGGGCCAUGUACACAAAUGGACUGUGACACAGCUAAAUUAGUCACAACUGUCCACCACAGGCCAACUUCACAAUCUAUAAAGGGAUAUAGAUCAGUUACCAAUGUUCCCUUAUAACCAGUUCUGAUGCGUUUGUAAGCAGAAGCAUAAUUCUAUGGCUACAAUCAACAAAGAAGUAUCAUGCCAGCCCACCAAGGCCAGCCAAACCCAUAUCUCCCUGCAGUUUUAUAGAGAUUAGCAUAUCACAUGAGCCAAAUGCUGUUCCCAAACUUAAAAUACGAUACUGCUACUUUGUAGAAAAAGUUCUUCAACACCAAUAAAAUAGAAGCAUUCAUAGCUAUUGUGUUCAGUGUGGUCCAAUAAUUGAAGCUUAAAAUAGAUAUCUUGUAACAGAACAUUUUAAAACAUCAAGACAGAUAAGAAUUAGGGCUUGGGAAAUAAAUGACUAUGAAGAAAGAUAAAAAGAAAAGAGAUCUGGGUUUUCUCUGAGACCCAGCGCAGGGCCAAGUCCUCCCAGCUGCAAGCGGCCAUUACCAUGGAAACCAGAGGGCUGGGCAGUUGGGGAUUGUGAUGCUCGGGGGCGGGGAGGGGGUGGUACCCAGUGACUGGUCUACUGUCCCCCAGACCCUCACCAGAGACUUCACGGCGCUGCUGCUUCUCCAGCGCUCCCGCGGGAGUGGCGCCCUAAACCAGCCCAGAGAGACCAUCGCCUGCCGCCUUGAUGACAUCGCCGUCUCCUCUCCCGGCUGGGGCUGUCCAGCAGCCCUCGAUCCAUGGCCUUUCCCAGAUAACCAGCAGCUUAUUCAUCAGCAAUGGUGCGGCCGCCAAUAACAAACUCUUGCUGUCAAGCAACCACAUCACGACCGUCAUCAACGUUUCCGUGGAGGUGGUCAACACUUUUUACGAGGAUAUCCAAUAUGUCCAGGUGCCGGUGGCCGACACUCCCAGCUCGUGUCUCUACAACUUUUUUGACUCUAUUGCUGAUCACAUCCACAGCGUGGAAAUGAAGCAGGGCCGCACGCUGCUGCACUGCGCCGCGGGCGUGAGCCGCUCCGCUGCUCUCUGCCUUGCCUACCUCAUGAAGUACCACUCCAUGUCGCUGCUGGAAGCUCACACAUGGACCAAGUCAUGCCGCCCCAUCAUCCGGCCCAACAGUGGCUUCUGGGAACAGCUUAUCCAUUAUGAAUUCAAGCUAUUCAGCAAGAACACCGUGCAGAUGAUCAAUUCCCCGGUGGGCGUGAUCCCUGAUAUCUACGAGAAGGAGGUCCGUUUGAUGAUGCCGAUGUGAGCCAUCCCGGCCAGCCCUGACAUCUACUGUUGAUGCUCCACCAGCAUUGAAGCUGAGUGUUGAACUUUGGUAAAGAAAACUAGAUGACGCAUUUUAGAAGGGCAAGCAAAAAGGGAGGGUUGUUGGAGUUUUUCCGCUUAGUAAAGCUUACCUUUAAACAAUAAAAUUCAUUAAACGUAA